CACUCUCUGGGCUUUUUCGAGGCGAGCCAGAAGCUUCGAUGUUGGACGCCGUGCUAUGACAUCGUCACUGCUGCUCCGUCCUCCUCGCUGCUGGCUCGACCCGUCGGUGAUGUUCCUGUACGACAACAGCGGCGGUUCUGAUGAAGUGAGCAAGAACAUGGAGGGUUUCGCGGGUGGUAACUUCGCGGCGAACCAGUGCAGGAAUCUGAUGGCGCACCCGGCCUCUCUGGCACCCAGCGCCGCCUACCCGUCCGGCGACGUGCCCGCCGCCGAGCCGGAGAAGCAGUGCAGCCCCUGCUCGGCCUCCCAGAAUGCAUCCAGCGCCUCUCUGCCUUACGCCUACUUCGGCAGCGGCUAUUACCCGUGCAGAAUGUCGCACCACGGCGGCAUCAAGUCGUGCGGGGCGCAGCCCCCCUCCGCGUAUGCGGACAAGUACAUGGACACGUCCGCCCCCGGGGACGACUUCGCCUCCCGGCCCAAGGAGUUCGCUUUCUACCCGAGCUAUUCGUCAGCCCCCUACCAGGCCGUGCCCGGCUACCUGGACGUGCCGGUGGUGCCCGCCAUCGGGGCGCCUUCGGAGGCCAGACACGAGCCGUUGCUGCCCGUGGAAAGCUACCAGCCGUGGAGCCUGGCGGCCAACGGAUGGAACGGUCAAGUUUACUGCGGCAAGGAGCAACCUCAGUCGGCGCACAUGUGGAAGUCCUCCUUGCCAGACGCGGUGCCCCUGCACGCGGGAGGCGACUCCAGCUCGUACAGGCGUGGGAGGAAGAAGCGCGUCCCGUACACCAAGAUGCAACUGAAGGAACUGGAGCGGGAAUACGCUGCCAGUAAAUUUAUCACCAAGGACAAACGCAGGAGGAUAUCUGCACAGACCAACCUGUCCGAACGCCAAGUUACCAUUUGGUUUCAGAACAGACGUGUCAAGGAGAAGAAGGUUGUCAACAAAAUGAAACCGAUCAGCUAGUUCCCCCU